AUGGGAAAGGGAGAGGCGGGCGAGGCUCCUGAUGUGCGGCUCCAGCUUCUCAUGCAGAGCAGGGGGCGGUGCCGCACCCGUUUGGAAGAGCCAGGAGGAGUGGCUUUCCUGAGCAGCCCCAGCUCGGAAGGAAGUGACAGCAGCGGCGUGGAGGAGAUUUGGUGGCGCGCGCAACGGCGCGCCAAGAUACCGACCAUACGCACGCGCCAACCGGCUCGCCCGCGCCCAGCGCAGGCGCAGGGAAGAUCUUUAGAGCGCACGCGCGGGGGCUCGGGGGGGCUGCCGACUCUGGCCGCCAUGGAGCGGAAAGUUCUAGCACUGCAAGCCCGAAAAAAGCGGACCAAAGCCAAGAAAGAAAAGGCCCAGAGAAAGCCUGAAACUCAACAUCGAGGCCCUGCCACUCAUUCAGAAAAUGAUCUCCCUGAGCAAGAAGAGGAAAUCCUGGGAUCAGAUGAUGACGAGCAGGAAGACCCCAAUGAUUAUUGCAAAGGGGGCUAUCAUCUUGUAAAAAUAGGGGAUCUGUUCAAUGGAAGAUACCAUGUGAUCCGGAAACUGGGAUGGGGACACUUUUCCACAGUGUGGUUGUCUUGGGACAUCCAGGGGAAGAGGUUUGUGGCAAUGAAAGUUGUAAAGAGUGCUGAACACUACACAGAAACAGCAUUGGAUGAAAUCAAACUGCUAAAAUCUGUCCGCAACACUGACCCAGAUGAUCCAAAUAGAGAGAGGGUGGUUCAGUUAUUAGAUGACUUCAAAAUUUCAGGAGUGAAUGGUUCCCAUAUUUGUAUGGUAUUUGAAGUUUUAGGGCAUCAUCUUCUGAAAUGGAUCAUCAAAUCGAAUUAUCAGGGGCUUCCACUACUCUGUGUAAAAAGAAUCAUCCACCAGGUUUUGCAAGGGCUGGAUUAUUUGCAUGCCAAGUGUCGAAUUAUCCAUACUGAUAUUAAACCAGAAAACAUUCUGCUGUGUGUUAAUGACCAGUACAUCCGCAGACUAGCUGCUGAGGCAACAGAGUGGCAAAGAUCUGGAGCCCCCCCUCCUUCUGGCUCUGCAGUGAGUACUGCACCACAGCCUAAACCAGCUGACAAAAUGUCCAAAAAUAAGAAAAAGAAAUUGAAAAAGAAACAGAAACGGCAAGCAGAGCUGCUGGAGAAACGAAUACAGGAAAUUGAGGAGAUGGAGAAAGAAGCAAGCCCGCCGGAAGCACAGCCUGAAGAGCAGGAAGAGGUUCCAAGACCCCUUGAGCUACUCUUAAAAGAGAGCCCCCCAGAUGAAGGGCUAUCAGGAAAGACAGAUGACAUUUCUCUUGUGACAGAGCAAACUAUCUUAAUGGAGGGGGUUGAAAAAUGCAUAACCGAAAUCAACUGCAAUGGAAUGGUGCAAAUGGCUACCUUCUCCGAUUCAAUGAACCAAGUGUCAGUGAGACUCGAGGAAGACCUUCAUAAUGCCAACGAUUGCAGUGGUCCCUCUCAGGAGCAGGAAGAGGAUGAGAGCUGUGCUUACAGCCAAAGUAAUGGUGGCUCAGAGAACACGAUACAGGAGCCAAUAUCAGGCUCCUGUGUGCCCUUACUUUCGGAGGUUCUGGAUUCAAUGGUAUGCCAGGGGACCUCAAGUGAUGAACAGUAUUUCAGCGAGCAACAGAUCAGCAACUUACAAGAGAGCAUCAGGGCAGAAAUACCUUCAGAGGAUGAGAAUGAGAAUAAUGGGUCCUCUGAGAACAGUAAAGGAAAAUCUGCUGCUGGAAAUUUCCUCCUUAAUCCUCUUGAGCCUGUGAAUGCUGAAAAGCUCAAAGUGAAGAUAGCUGAUCUAGGAAAUGCAUGUUGGGUGCAUAAACACUUCACUGAGGACAUCCAGACCAGGCAGUACCGAUCCUUGGAAGUACUCAUUGGAGCGGGCUAUAGCACCCCAGCUGAUAUUUGGAGCACAGCCUGCAUGGCCUUUGAACUGGCUACGGGUGACUAUCUGUUUGAGCCUCAUUCUGGUGAAGAUUACUCACGGGAUGAAGAUCACAUUGCAUUGAUUAUAGAACUCCUGGGAAAAAUACCUCGCAAACUCAUUGUGGCUGGAAAAUACUCUAAAGAGUUUUUCACCAAAAAAGGUGAUCUGAAGCACAUCACCAAACUGAAACCAUGGGGCCUUUUCGAAGUUUUGGUGGAGAAAUACGAGUGGGCCCAAGAUGAGGCAGCUGCAUUCACAGACUUCUUAUUGCCUAUGCUGGAGCUGAAUCCCGAGAAGAGAGCGACAGCGGCACAGUGUCUCAGGCACCCCUGGCUGAAUUCCUAGAAGCUGCAGCCUGAAACCGCGGCCCUAUAGUUGGGUUUACAGCAUAAUAUAUAUACACACACACCUAGAUGUCCCAGAUCCCCCUUCUCCCGGGUCAGUUUUUUCCUUGUUGAAUUUCAGAGCGAAGCUUCUCCUUGAGAGCUUUUGAGAUUUUAGAUAAAUCUAACUGUUCAUGUGAGUUUGUGUACGCGACUCAGUAGGGACUAUUGUCAGCCAGUGGGCGUCCAAUAUGUUUUGCUGUGAUUGGAGUUUGCCAAAGAGUUUUAUGGGAAUGUGAAAUUACCCCCUGGCCCUCUUCCUUACUCAAGUACCUUCCCCUGAAAGUGUGGGGAAAUCUCCAUUGGGACACACUCCCUUAACUAUAUUGCAGUCAUCCCAAGGGGGAUGUGAAGAGCUGUGAAUCCCUCCUUAGCUCACUGACUCCAGGAGUCAUUUUCUUAGUGCACAUCCAGUUGCUGACAGUAAGAGGAGAAAUGGCAGAUGGCACCAAGGUGGUAGCUCCAUGUGGAGCACUGAACUCUACUCGACUCAUUCCUUUGGUGUCUGCUCUGCUGCUUGGGUAAUGUUUCUUGUUUGUUGUUCCUCUUUUCAGACAUACUUUUCUCUAGUUUUAGCCAUUUUGAAACAACCUAUAUGAAAGUGUAUAUUUUAGCACCACUUUUGUUCCCUCGGUGUUCAGGUGACUUUCUGAGUCCGGUGAAAUAAGCUGCUCUCCAAAGCUGGAGCGUGUGGAUUUGAAUAAGUUUCACGAGGAAAAUGAAAGCAAACAGGAGUUGGUUAAAUUAACAGCCCCUCCAAUACAGAUCUAUGCAUUUGUUGGCUGUGGAAGGGCAGCCAGGUUGCCCACGUUCUAUGCCAGGCCUGCCCAACAUGCAGCCCUGGCCAAUAUAUGUUGCAUGCCAGCUGUGUAUUUUGGCCCCAAAGGUGCUUGAUAUCAGAACAGGUUUCUGCAACCCAAACCCUGCAAAAACAGUGGGCUUACCAAGUAUGUGGCAGGCCACCUAUUACAUCGGUCUGCCUCAUGCCAUCACGUCGGCCUUGUGUGAAAUUGUAUUUUUAGUAGAGAGCAGUUAGUUUUCAGUCUAGAAAAAUAGGAUAUAUCCUUAUUCUUUAGCAGUAAGGAAAGAUGCUGUUAGUGGCUGUCUUUCCAGCCAUACUUUAUGCCCAGACUUUGUACCACCGCAUUUCGAAAGGUUAAUGAAUGUAAAGGUAUCUACCCUGUUAACUUGUCCAAGGUGCUGGACUCUAGAAAUGACCUUUCUGAAUAGAAAUUCUUUUUUUUUUAAUGUAUUAACAUCAGGGCAAAUAAUCUAGGGAAAGAGUAGUCCGAUUUCCCCUUCCCCCAAGAGGUGAAGUGUCAAAUUCUGUUUUUCAGCAUCAUUACAAAUAUGAUUGCUCAACAGAAUGCAACAUAAGAUUUUAAACUCCUAGGAAAGGGGGUUAGUUGUGACUGACUCUUGUAGGCGUUUUUAUUUUAUUAGAAAGGUAUGUAAUACUUGCUAGUUUUACAAUGAGUAUCUCCCAAGCUUCCCCAGGUUAUUAGAAAAAAAUAUCCCCUGCAUCCUCUUGUAAUGUUAGGUUUGGAGAUGUUGGGAUUUGCAACGGCCCUUCCUGACCAUGGACCAAAUAGGCCUUCGAGGUUACAAAAUUCUCCAAGGCUGGAAACUGUUGGAGGACUCAGACUUGCAGGCACUGUGUGGGGCAAUUUAAUGCAAAAGCUACCGGCAGUGAGACACGCUUCUCAGGUGUUUUCUCUGUGUGAGAAUUCCGAGUUUGUAGUAAUCUUUAGGGAUCCGCCUCCUCCCCUGCUUUACUAAAAAAAAUCUAGUGCAGUUUUAUUUUUUGUUCCUUUAAAAACUGUGCGUGCAACCACCAUAUCCCCAUUGCUUUCCAAUUUGGCCACUGUGUCAUACGAUGCCUGACUGGUGCUUUAGCAAACUGUGCUGCAUGUCCGUUUAGGAGAUCUUAAGUAAGGUUCUGUAUGCGCAACCUUAAAGAUGAAAAGGAAAAAGUUCCAAAAGUUUUAAUGAUAUUCCUGUUAUCUGGAGUAUCUUCCUCACCUCCCGAAAGCACUUCUGUGCCUGUCUAUAAAAAUAUUUAGGAUGGGACUAGAAUGUAUAAUAAUACUUUCUCUUUGAAUACUGUGAAGACUUGCUGGCAGGGAGAAUUGAAUUUCCGGUGUCAACGCAACCUAGUUUGCUUCAACAUCCUGACUACCCGAAAGGAACAAAAUGUUCACAGUUGGAAGGGGGGGCUGCAUCUCUUGGUUUUAUUUUAGGUUCCCUCCACAGAAGAAGGCUGCCGCCGCCUCUUUUGCACUAAAAGAGAAGAUCUGGGGUAAUACAAGAGGUACCUUGUCAGGAUUGCCUAUGUAUUCUGUGACUCAACAUCGGAUUCACUCAACUUCCAAAUUGCCAUAAAGUGCUCACGAACUGAUUUGUACUUGUUUUGUUGGCCUAAACCCUGAAGGAAAAAAAUACAUUUUUAUUCUUUCUAUUGGGUGCAUUGUCUUUUUUUCUUUGUAAAUGCAGCACAAUAAACAGAUUAUUAAAUAAUC